AUGAGAUUCUUCUUCUCUGCUUUCUUAACCCUUGGUUUUUCUGCCCGUGCUCUGGGUCAUAUUGGGCCGAUAACAGAGCUGCCUAUCGUGAAUGCUGCAGUAGCUCCGAAUGGAGUUCUCCGGAACGCUGUUCUCGCGGGAGGGACCUUCCCUGGUCCUGUGAUCGCUGGCAACAAGGGCGACAACUUCUUCAUCAAUGUCGUAGACCGGCUAACAAAUGAGACUAUGUUGACGUCCACGUCCAUUCAUUGGCACGGGAUAAAUCAGCACACCACUAACUGGGCAGAUGGACCUGCAUUCGUCACGCAAUGCCCCAUCGUGUCAGGUAACUCCUUUUUGUAUAACUUUAGAGUCCCAGAUCAGGCUGGAACGUUUUGGUACCACAGCCAUCUGGAGACACAGUACUGUGACGGUCUGAGAGGUCCCUUCAUCGUAUACGAUCCGGAUGACCCCCAUGCAGGUUUAUAUGAUAUUGAUGAUGAUAGCACCAUCAUCACUCUGGCAGAUUGGUACAACGAGGCAGCUGUAUUCCAGCCUCCAAUCGCUAUUUCGGAUGCAACUCUGAUCAAUGGAUUGGUGCCAAAUAAUUACAGUGAUGCUGCAGCUGUGUUCACAGUCGUUAGGGGCUUACGUUAUCGGUUCCGACUUAUAUCUAUCUCUUGCUCCCCCGACUUCACUUUCUCCAUCGAUGGGCAUAAUAUGACUGUAAUAGAAGCGGAUGGAGAUAAUACCCAGCCUUUGAAUGUUGACAGCAUUCAGAUUUACGCUGCUCAGCGAUAUUCGUUCGUUCUCGAGGCCAACCAACCUGUUGAAAACUACUGGAUCCGUGCUAAUGCAAGUCUUGGUCCCGCUGGAUCAGCAAUCCUCCGUUACGUUGGAGCGCCUCCCGUCAAACCCACCACUACUGCUAGUCCUUCUGUCAACCCCUUGGAGGAAACAAACCUCCAUGCACUUACAAAUGCGCAGGCUCCGGGUGCACCCAAUAUUGAUGGUGCAGAUAUCCUUCUCAACCUCAAUUUCACAUUUAAUACAACGGAAUUCUUGGUUAAUGGCGUUACUUUUGUUCCUCCUACGGUUCCUGUCCUCUUGCAGAUUCUGAAUGGCUCUUAUACCGCACAAGAACUUCUCCCACACGGAAGCGUGUACACCCUUCCUCGAAAUAAGACGGUGCAAAUCACCAUGCCCGGCGGCGUUCUUGGAAUUCCACAUCCUCUACACCUGCACGGCCAUUCGUUUUCCGUGAUACGCAGUGCAGGAAGUAACCAGACUAACUACGUGAAUCCUGUCCGCCGUGACACUGUAAACAUUGGCCUGCAGGGUGACAACGUGACCAUUCGAUUUGAUACGAACAAUCCUGGUCCAUGGUUCUUGCAUUGCCAUAUUGACUUCCACCUCAAGCGAGGAUUUGCUAUAGUCCUGGCUGAGGACACCUAUGACACCCCCAGAGUUGACGCACCUCCUCCCGAGUGGUCGCAACUUUGCCCCAGUUAUGAUGCUUCGCCCCAAUCGGAUCAGUCCCAAAUAGCUGCAGAGCAAUACAUGAAUUAUGUUGCAGGGAAAACGUGA